AUGGGUCAGUGGUCUGAUCUUCCGGAGCAAUUUCUGGAGGCCAUAGAAGAGCGUGUCGUCCUAUACGCCGAUAAAGUUCGACUCCGCUCUGUUUGUGCGCCGUGGCGCUCAACUUUGCCGAAGCUGCCACACCAAGAACUUCGCCAGUCUCCGUGCUUGGUGCUACCGUCUGGCAGCAAUAAUAGUGUCACGGCUUGUGGGUUGUUCAGCCCGCUUGAUGACAAGUUUUAUCACUUGGAGUUGCCUGAGCUAGGUGGAGGCAAGUUGUUCCUAGGAUCCUCCCACUGUUGGGUGGUUACCGGUGGGGACAGUUCCUCGUUACGCAUCCUUAAUCCGCUCACAAGGGCCCAACUCAAACUUCCACCAAGUCCGGCCGACGACAACUAUGUUGCUGUGGCCGCCUAUGGGGUUUUCGACAGACUGGUAUAUUGUAGAAAGGGAUAUACAGAAUGGGUUCACUUGGACGGGGAUUGUACAGGUUAUGCAGAUUUUAUAUUCUUCAGGGGGCAAUUCUAUGCUUUAGAUCUGAAGGGACGCCUUUUGAUUUGUGAAGUUGGAGCUCGCCUGAACGUAACAAAGAUCAUGGAAAUAGUUGCUCCAAGGACUGCUAUGGCUCGGCUGCCUCGGAAGUACUUGGUAGAGUAUUCCGGUGGGCUUCUAAUGGUUGACAGAAUAUUUUCUGUGGACAGAAGUAUAGAGGAUGAACCCUCGUACGAAAGAAUUAGAACAUGUGGGUUCAAAGUUUACAAGCUUGAUGUCAGCGACAACGGUUCGUCUUGGUUUGAGGUGAGAGACUUGGGUGGAGAUUCGUUGUUUCUGGGGAAGAACUCGUCGUGGUUAAUCUCAUCGGCCGAUUUUCCUGGCUACAAAGGAAACCGCAUCUGCUUCACAGAUGACAAUCGUGAUGUUAACGAUCAAGUUGAGUUCCGAGUAGUAAGUUUUGAUAUGGGUGUCUACGACCUAGAUGAUGGGAUGAUUGAGUCGUUACCUGUGCCAGGUUACGGAGGACAUGGGAAAAACUUGUUUCGGCAGCCCCCGAUUUGGGUAAUGCCAAAGGCCUAUUGA